AUGGUUACAAGGAGUAAGGAUGGCAUUUUCAAACCUAAAGCCUAUGUUGCAACUGCUAGUACAAUGGAACCCUCCAACAUUCAUGAAUUCAUGUCUAUCCCAUUAUGGAAAGAUGUUGUUGUUGACGAAUUACAGGCUCUGACUACUAAUGGCACCUGGGAUUUGGUUAUCCCUCUUCCAAAUCACCCCAUUGUUGGGUUUAAGUGGUGGAAGUUAAGACAUGCGGAUGUCAACAAUGCAUUCUUGAAUGGGAGUUUGGCUGAUAAGUACCUUACUGGUAGUAAUGUGUUUCUUCUUGUUUAUGUCGAUGAUAUCAUAGUUACUGGUGACCCUAAUUCUUCGAUUGAAUUAGUUAUUCAAUCUCUCGAUAGUCAGUUUUCUCUAAAUGAUUUAGGAGAGCUUAGUUUUAUUCUUGGACUUGAUAUGGAAUACCAAGUAAGCUCACUUGAAGACCGCAAGUCAACAUUUGGUUUUUUCAUCUAUCUUGGUGACAACUUGAUUGGAUGGUCGUCUAAGAAACAAGGGGUUGUGUCUAGGUCCACAUCUAAGGCUGAAUACAAAAGCCUUGCAAAUGCUACUGCAGAGAUAAUUUAG